GAGUGAGUAAAUGAAUGGUGUGUACUGUGUACAUAGCCGCUGUUUCCGUCCCUAUCUUCGCUGCUGUGUCUGCCGGUCGUUGUUGAGGAGAUUAGCUAGAGUUAAUAUCUUGCCUUGUUGCCUCCUGGCACGGGUUUAGCUAAGCCAUGAAGGUGGUGUUGAUGGUGGCUGAGAAGCCAUCUUUGGCUCAGUCCUUGGCCAAGAUCCUUUCCAAUGGCAACAUGACAUCAAGGAAAGGCUCCAACGGGGCUUGCUCUAUUCACGACUACAAUGGUCGGUUCAAUGGUGAGCCGGCUCACUUCAAAAUGACGUCAGUUUGCGGCCACGUCUUGGGGGUGGAUUUUCCUGGAAAAUUCAACAACUGGGAUAAAGUGGAUCCUGUUGAACUGUUCACAGCUCCGAUUCAGAAAAAGGAAGCAAAUCCGAAUCUACACAUGCCUGCUUUUCUUCGUAAAGAGGCUACGAAUGUGGAUUACCUGGUGCUGUGGCUUGAUUGUGACAAGGAAGGGGAAAAUAUUUGCUUUGAGGUCAUUGACUCUGUACGAGGUGCCAUGAAUCGUGUUUCUGGACAGCAAAUCUACAGAGCCCGAUUCAGCGCCAUCACAGACACUGACAUCAAGCAUGCGAUGAACAACCUGGUCAGCCCGAACAAAAACGAGGCUCUCUCUGUCGAUGCACGACAGGAGCUGGAUUUGAGAAUUGGCUGUGCCUUCACCCGCUACCAGACUCGCUUUUUCCAGGGUAAAUAUGGAGAUUUGGACAGUACUCUGAUUUCUUAUGGCCCCUGCCAAACUCCAACUCUGGGGUUCUGUGUGGAACGUCAUGACAAAAUACAGUCCUUUAAACCCGAGGCCUACUGGGUCAUUCAAGUACAGGUGACUCUACCCGAUGGGAAAGCCUUACGUCUGGACUGGGACAGAGUGCGACUUUUUGACAAAGAGGUGGCACAGAUGUUCGUGAAUCGUAUCAAAGGCGGUGAUGGAGCACAGGUCCUCGACACAGUACAGAAAAAAGGAGAGAAAGCCCGCCCCCUAGCUCUGAAUACAGUGGAGAUGUUACGAGUGGCUAGUUCAGGUCUAGGAAUGGGGCCACAGCAUACUAUGCAGAUUGCAGAGCGACUUUACACACAGGGCUACAUCAGCUACCCCAGGACUGAGACCAAUUCCUACCCCGAGAAUUUUGAUCUCAAAGGUACCCUGAAGCAGCAAGCAUCUCAUCCCAACUGGGGCUCCUAUGUCAGGGAGCUGCUGCAAGCUGGGAUUCAGAAGCCAAAAAAGGGCCACGAUGCCGGAGACCAUCCUCCCAUCACCCCGAUGAAGUCGGCCACCGAGGGGGACUUUGACCACGACAGUUGGAGGCUCUACGACUACAUCACCCGCCACUUUAUCGGCACAAUCAGCCCAAACUGCACGUACAUGCAGACCACAAUCUACUUUGAGAUUGGCUCAGAGAAGUUCUCGUGCACAGGCAAAGUCCUCCUGGACCCAGGCUUCACGGCCGUCAUGCCAUGGCAGCAGCUUGGGGAGGACGAGGAGAUCCCCACCCUGAGACGGGACGAGAAACUCUCCGUGGACGAGGUUAAGCUGGUGGAGAAGCAGACGAGUCCUCCCGACUACCUGACGGAGAGUGAGCUUAUCUCGCUGAUGGAGAAGCACGGAAUCGGGACAGAUGCCAGUAUCCCUGUACACAUCAACAACAUCUGCGAGCGCAACUACGUGAACAUCAUUGCUGGGCGCAAGCUCAAACCCACGCCUCUGGGCAUUGUGCUGGUGCAUGGCUAUCAGAAGAUUGAUGUUGACCUGGUGUUGUCCACAAUGCGAUCAGCUGUGGAGCAGCAACUGACUCUCAUUGCCCUGGGCCGUGCAGACUUCUACGAAGUGAAGCAACACGCCAUCGAUAUCUUCCAUCGCAAGUUCCGCUACUUUGUGGACUGCAUCUCUGCCAUGGAUGAGCUGUUUGAGGUCACCUUCUCUUCCCUGGCAGACAGCGGGAGGCCUUUGUCUAGGUGUGGCAAGUGUAGGCGAUACAUGAAGUUUGUGCAGGCUAAACCAUCACGUCUACACUGCUCCUCAUGUGAUGAGACCUUCUCUCUGCCCCAAAAUGGCAACAUCAAACUGUACAAAGAACUCAAGUGUCCUUUGGAUGAGUUUGAGUUGGUGCUAUGGACCACAGGAGCUAAGGGAAAGACAUACCCCCUGUGCCCAUACUGUUACAACAACCCGCCCUUCAACGACAUGCGUAAAGGCAUGGGCUGCAACGAGUGCACUCACCCGACCUGCUCGCACGCUUUCACGCGUAACGGCGUGUCGGAGUGUGUCGAGUGUGACAACGGUGUGCUGGUACUAGAUCUGACCUCGGGGCCUAAGUGGAGGAUGGCCUGUAACAAGUGCAAUGUGGUGAUUCACUUCUUUGAUGGUGCUACCAAAGUGGGCGUGAAGGAAGAGCCGUGUGAGGACUGUGGAGCCAAUAUAGUGGAAGACAAAAGCCCAUUACCGGACGGAACCGCAGAGCACAGUGGCUGUGUGUUUUGCGACCCUGUGUUCAAGCCCCUAAUGGAGAAACACCAUGCAGCUGCCAUGAGAAGGGGCCCUGGUGGGAGGUCUUCCCGCGGUGGGCGUGGGAGAGGGGGGCGUGGCAGGGGGAGAGGAAGAGGAAGGCCAAAACCAAAAGACAAGAUGGCACAGCUGGCAGCGUACUUUGUCUAGGAGGGAUGGUGGUUUUGUCUCAUUUAGUUUAACUCGCUACCUUAGAAUUACAAAGUUCUAUCUGCUUAGUACUUAGUUUUGAGAAAUUUGAUGUUAAAACUUUUGAAUUUCACAUGUCAAGCUUUUUCUAAUGCAAUUCUUUGAAUAUCUUUAUAACAACUCCAAAUAAUCAUAUGAUUUCCCAUAGAGCAGAUAGGACACUUGGUGUCUUGUUUGAAUAAAGAGAAGAAGCACAUCGACACUAUAAUGGUCAUUUAGUGCUGGGAAAAAGUAAGACAGACAAAUGAACAGAGGGAAAGUAAAGAAAUAGGACCUACCGGUGGUGCCCUCCAACCAAUCGUUCAUUUGGUGUCUGACCUCAUGGUCUUAAUUCAAAACAGUCAAAAAUGUUAAAUAGAACUUUGUACGGUAGCGAACUGUCCGUAUCAGUCAUCAUCAUCGACGGCUGGGGUUGGAGGAAUAGAGGGUGGUCUGAAGGACAGUGUAUGUUACUCGAUUUAGGAAAUAUAGAUAUUUUUUUCUUUUUGGUCUACUUCAAGGAUGUAUGACAGUUAUAAUUAUUCUUGCACCCUACAUCAUGUAUUUACUCUAGUCUAUUAAAAUAAAAUAAACUAAAAAAGCAAAA